UCGACGAGGGAACAGAAUUCGACAUAACACCGGAAAUGGCGUAGACGAGCGGGAGAUUGAAAGUUACGACUAUAGGUCAAAACAAUGUUGUUAUUUGUUACCUUAGCCCUCUAAUGAAAAUCAUGGCAUAUAUUUUCCUAUACUGCUGUUAGCUAGAUCCAGUCAACAACUCCAGUUAAGUAGUUGACGCGUACAGUAAGUUAACUCGUUAAUGCUCGCUAACAUUUUAGGAUGGCGGACAGAAAUCUGGUGCAGGAGUUGAAACUUUGGGCGACAGAGGAGUUCAAUCUUCCCCCAGAAAGCCUGCCAAAUGACAGCUAUUUCAAAACACUUUGUUUGACAAGAAAGUCAAUAUGGAAAUAUUUGUUACAACACGUUUUUCAACAGAGGAAUGUGAGGAUCAUGCGUGGCAAUCUUCAGUGGUACAAAGUGCUUCAGGACAAAGAGUUGAAGAAGACUGAGGGCCAGAGUGAAGCUGCCAAGCAGAGUGAGCUUCAGAGGAAGAUCGAGCAGCUCAGAGCCGAUAUCAGUCACCUGGACUCUCAGAUCAGCGAAACAGAGGAACAGUUGUCCACUCAAGAGCAGUCUAUUGGCUGCACCUGGACUAAGGUGGAGGACAGUCAGCAUAGAAAACUGCUCCUACAGGCCUUCAGGCAGCGCUGUGUGUUCGAUCGCAAAGUGCUUUCUGAUGACACCCAGGAGAUCAGUGGGCACUGCCAGGCACUGGAGCAGAUGGUCAGGAAAGCAGAGAUGGAAGUGCUGUUUGAGAAUCAGUCUUCAAACAGCUGUGAUGGUGACAACCUCAACUCCAAAGCCGCAGCAGAGGCACAGGUCCUGCGUGAAGUGAGAGACCUGUGUAACGACAGGGUCCAGUUCUAUCAGUCUUUACAAGAGAGUGAACUGAAAACAGGAGAGACUACAGCCACACGUAUGACUCGUGAACAGAGGACUGCAGUGUUUCAUUACUGGUUGAGUGCUGUGGAGAACCUGUUGGACGGUUAUCCUCCAAACCAUGUCCUCUCAGCACUGCAAUAUUUAGCUUCCAGAGAACAGAAGGAGCUGGAGGAGAAGCUCUCCUCUCUGGAUGUGACACGAGACGUGACAGCUCUACAGUUCCGCUAUGAAAGCAAUCAUCUACAGGACAUCUCAGGGGAAGAGGACACUGAGUUGCCACCUGUUAAGACUCUCUUACAGGCUGCAUGGCAGGAGGUGGAGCAGAGUUUAGUUGAUUUAGCUCAGACUCGCUCCAGAGUCCAGCAGCUCCGAAACCAGCUGCAGGCCCGCAGGAAGGGGGCCGAGCAUGAGGUGUCUGGUUUUGCAGAUGAGCUCCAGAGUGACACCAUAGCACUGUCAGUUCUUGAGCUGGAGCUUCAGUGUGUGAUGCAGGCUGCAGCAAGGGAUUAUAUACAAGACCAGUGUAUCCUGCUUGACCAGCAUGCCAGGAGCCGACAGGAGGCACUCAGAAACCUCCACAACCAGUGGCAGAGUAUUCUGGACUUCAGACAACUAGUGGUUCUCAGACAGGAUCAGAUCAGAGGCCUGAUUAAGGGGAACUCCUCAACCAAGACAGAUCUGAUCCGUCUGCAUAAAGAGUUACAGGAAUUUCUUCAGGGCGAGCUGGUGCCACAGUUUCAAGAUGUCACCACUGCCGCAAACAGUCUGAGGAACUCUAUUUCAAAGGAGGCCAGACAGUUGGGAACAGUUUCACUUCAUGCUCUGGACCGCAGGAGUGUUGAAGGAGUGCAAAGGGUCCCUGCAUCGUGGUUGUCGAUCCAUCGCUUGCAGUCAUCAGCCUUCAGCAGCUUGUGUCAGAGUAUAACGUUCCCACUGUACAGGGCUCCAGAGGAGUUGUGUUCACAGGUGCGCUCUCAACAACUCGAGUUGCGUUUUCUUCGUCAGUUACUUCAGCUUCAGUCCACUACUCUGCAGAAAACACAGAAAGAAGCAGAGUUGCUGCAUGCAUCUGAUCAAAAAGCCCUCCUUUCCAGAGUCAUUGAGGAGGAUCAGAAGCUCCUGAAGUCUCUGGUACCAAGAGUCCGAACCUUCACCCAACGCUGUACACAGGGCCUUUCUUAUGCGGACCAAGCCAAAACUGCCAUCUCUUAUUGGUGGGACAAACCAGCGCAGCAUGUCCUGCCUGAGGUCAGCAAAGGAGGACUGACUUUUCAAGAGUGGCUACAACGAUGGAAACUAGCUGCCAAAGCCUCCUAGGGGACACGUUAAUGUUAACAUUAGCAGAUCAUUUCCUGGCUGUAGCUGUAAGGAAAUGCACAGGCAUGUUGUAAAGAGGUCAUGCCUAUGAUCACAUCAAGACUCUUUUCUUUUUAAUGUUUUACUAUGUGAAAGUCUGUAACUAAUAAAUACAUUUAAAU